AUGACAAUCCCAAACGAUUCCACUGACGAUUCUUCACUGAUACAUCAGCAGAUUUUUGUUGUGGAAGGGAAUGCGAGACACACGUCUAAACAUGUAAUUGGUGUUCUUUUGACUGUGCUUCUGGUAUACAUAAACUGCCUGAUGUUUCACACUCUCCUGAGUAAGCCUGUGUUUAGAGAGCUGCCUCGCUACAUUCUCUUUGCCCACAUGCUCUGCAAUGACACAUUCCAGGUGCUGAUCUCCAUGUCAUUGUAUCUUAUGACUCUGGGCUUACAGAAGAUUCCAAAAGCACUGUGUGCGUUAAUUGUGCUGUUUGCAGCCACAACAUUUUAUAAUGCAGCUUUGAACCUUGCUGUGAUGUCACUUGAGCGCUAUGUGGCCAUUUGCUUCCCAUUAAGACACAGUGAGAUUGUGAACCAGAAAUCAGCAAGUCUAUCUAUUUGUUUCAUAUGGUUCUUAAGUUCAUUAAAUAUUGUAAUAGAUAUACUCUAUUCACUGAUAUUGACUCCAGUGUCUUUUAAAGACUCAAUUUUCUGCCUUCGGGAAAGAAUUCUAAUCUCACCAUGGCAAUUAGAUAUGGCUGAAGGAUUUAACAUAUUUUUCUUUACUACGGUAACAGCUAUUUUAAUCUUCACUUAUGUCAAUGUUGUGAUUGUUGCUCGAUCUGCCUCAUCCCAAAAAGACUCUGCUAAAAAGGCACAACGGACCAUAUUGCUGCAUCUUGGUCAGUUACUCCUCUGUGUUAACUCUUUUAUUUACGGAACUAUAGAGAGAGCCUUGGCUAUGGCCAGCAGCAGUGAUCUGUUUAGGGAUCUGCGAUACCUGAACUUCCUCUUUGUUCUCCUUCUGCCUCGGUGCCUGAGUCCCCUCAUUUAUGGCCUCAGAGACGACGCUGUGAGGCCUUUAUUCUUCUACUAUGCCAGUUUUGGGUCCAGAAAAGUUAAACCCUCUGUAACCGUACACUAG